AUGGGAUGGUCCACCUCAACGCCGCCGGGCGUGGGCGUGGGCGUGGCUGCCCUAGACCACGCCGUCACGGCCACACCGGCAGCGCGCAAGAAUCAAGGAGCGGCGGCCACUAGCAACGACUCCAACUCCCCAAUAGCCAGCCGCUACCACCGGCUCGAGGUGCUCGGCGCGGGAACCUUCGGCGUCGUCUACCGCGCGAGGGACCGCCGCACGGGAGAGGUCGUGGCGAUGAAGUGCCUCCGGACGAACGGCGCUCACGGCCGGGACGUCGACCGCUACCUCUCCGACUUCGCGGGCGAGGUCAGCGCCCUCGAGGCGUGCAGCGGCCACCCAUCCAUCGUGCAGCCGCGCGCCUCCGGCCACCUCAGCGGCGAGGCGUUCCUCGCCAUGGAGUUCGUGGGGCCAACUCUCAGGCAUGUCAUCAAGCAUGUCCGCUUCGGGAGGAGGCACACCGAGCUGGAGGUUCGCCUGCUCAUGAGGCAGCUUCUCGCAGGCGAGAGGAGGAUGAAUCGUCUCGGCCUCAUGCACCGCGACCUCAAGCCGGAGAACGUGCUAGUCGACGGUCAUGGGAACCUCAAGAUAUGCGACCUGGGGUUGUCGUGCAGCAUGGCCGAUGGGCCGCCCUACUCCAACCCCGUCGGGACACGAGGAUACCGUGCACCUGAGCUCCUCCUCGGAUGCACGGAUUAUGAUGAGCAUGUCGACUCGUGGGCUCUUGGCGUCAUGAUGGCUGAGCUCCUCGCCGGCAAGCACCCUUUCCAUGGGAGUUCAGACACGGAGCACCUCAGCGAGAUCUUGGAUCUUCUUGGCACUGCUGACAUCAAAGAGUGGUCAGGAUACGAUGGGCGUCGUCUACCCGGCGGAUGCCAACCAGGAAGCUUCCUGCGCAACAAGUUUCCAUGUUCGGCUGAGGCCAAGAUCAAAGGCCCGCCGACAUUGUCGGAGGCAGGUUUCGAGGUCUUGAGCGGUCUUCUACGAUGCAACCCGGAGAAGAGGCUGACGGCGGAGCAAGCGCUCAAGCAUCGGUGGUUCAAGGAAGCCAACCCGAGAGCUACAAGGAGCUGA